AUGGACCUGCUCUAUCGUUAUGAAGUCUUCAGCCGGGAAGUUUUGACCUUAGCCCGAGACCACCCGAUACUCCGCUACGCAGCCUGUGCCGUUGCUGCCAAACAGCUUGGCCAGAUGCGAAGUCCCUUGUCGACAAUUAUUACCGGCAAGACUCAACAGGAAAUUGCCGCUAAACUCCAGCACGGUCCAUUGGGGUUGAUGUGGUAUGGGGCGAAAUACUAUGAGAAAGCGAUACAAACGCUAGUGAAGUCAAUCACUUCAGAACACCCCGCUCAGAAUUAUGCCUCACCGCCAACAUCACUGUCGCAGGGGAAUCUCAUGUAUGAGCAGAUAAGUGCGAAUAGAGACGCGUGGUCUGGCCACUUGUUCGGUUUCUCCAAGCUGCUCGAUCUCAUCGAUGAUGGACGGCUACUCCAUCCCGACCCCAUGUUCGAGGCAGUCUAUCCGUUUACCAAAGACAUCAUGCAAGUCAAGGCCGGAUUUUGGAACUUUGUGGUGAACGAUCUCGAGGAAUCCUUCGUAUCACACAGAAGGACACGUAUCGAUACGGAGAAUCUCGCUCUCUGGCGUAACAUGGGUCUUUUGAUUGAAGAUAAUGGGAGUCUGACUACAGGUGCUAGCCCAAACAGCCUCGCAAACACAGCGGAACACGCGAGGGAUAAGGCUUUAUCCUACACUUUGAUACGCUACUUAUGCAAACUCAUCAACUAUCUAGCACCGUCAUCACAUCUCGAGACAAUGUUGGUUCAACCAAGACUGGCUUUCAUGUCACUUGAAGACCAUUUUCAAGCCUGGUUUCAGACGAUAUCCCCGUCUUUUCUUGCGGACGGCACGUUCUUCACGGAUAGGCGUUCAAGCGAGGCCACACCAGACCUCUUCAGUCGUGAACUUUGGUUCAGCAACGACCUAUGUGCUACCACGAUGAUGUACUAUCACAUGGCAUGCAUGCUUUUGCUGAUUCACCGUCCUUCAGAACUGCUUCCGGGAGACGGUGCUGUCGGAGGGCGUACCUCAUUUGAUCUAUUACGGGCGUUUCGUGACGUGGAACAUAAACUACAAGGCCACGCCUCCGAGGUCAUCUCCAUUACAGUGAGAUCUAUCAACAUGCAGAAUCCUUCAUUCGUUCUAAAAGACAUCAAAAAGGUUGUCAUCGAAGACAGGCCCAAGCCUCAACUCAAAGACGGACAUGAUGUUCUCGUCCACGUCUCACAGACCGGUAUCUGCGGUAGCGACGUCCACUACUGGCAACGGGGCCGGAUUGGCGAGUAUGUUGUCAAAGGCCCCAUGGUCCUCGGCCACGAGUCCUCAGGCGUCGUAGUCGAAGUCGGCGAGCACGUCACGCAUCUCAAGCCCGGUGACAGAGUCGCCAUGGAGCCCGGCGUUCCUUGUCGUCGUUGUAGCUACUGCCGCACCGGCAGCUACUUCAUCUGCCCGAACAUGAUCUUCGCCGCAACGCCACCCAUCGACGGUACACUGGCCAAGUACUACAUCAACGCCUCAGACUUCUGUUACAAGGUCCCUGAUAGCGUAUCUAUGGAAGAGUCGGCCAUGGUAGAGCCGCUUUCGGUGGCGUGUGCAAUCUGCGAGACAGCUGAUCUGAGACCGCACCAGACUGUGCUCGUUCUGGGAUGUGGCCCCAUAGGAGUCCUGUGUCAAGCCGUUGCGAAGCUUUGGGGCGCCGGCAAGGUUGUUUGGGUCGACGUCGUAGAGAAGAGGCUCGAAGUCGCCAAGAGCUACGGCACCGAUGCGACGUACACCCCUCCUCGCGCUGGAGAGGGCGUUGACCCGAUGGUUCAUGCAGAGACUAUCGCUGCGAAGAUGAACGAUGAGUUGGGUUUGGGAGAUGGCGCCGAUGUAGUGCUUGAGUGCUCCGGUGCGGAGGCUUGUAUACAGCUCGGCGUGUUUGCGGCGAAGAAGGGCGGAACGUUUGUGCAGGCCGGCAUGGGCAAAGACGUAGUUGCUUUCCCAAUCACUGCAGUUUGCACAAAGGCGCUAUGCGUCAAGGGCUCGAUAAGGUACAAGGCCGGUAGCUAUCCGGCCGCGAUUGAGCUUCUUUCUGGUGGCAAGAUUGAUGUCAAGAGAUUGGUAACGCAUAGGUACAAGUUUGAGCAGGCUGAGGAGGCGUUCGAGUUGGUCAAGGCUGGAGGGCCAGAUGUUUUCAAGGUCAUGAUUGAAGGUGUUCUCGAGUAG